AUGACCUCGCGAUGGGCCGAUACGGACGAAGAUGCGGCUGAGGACGCACGGCGGAAGGCAGAAAAGGCGGAGAAGAAGAGGCUGAAGGCGGAGAAGCAGCGCAAGGCAGACGAAGAAGCUCAGCAGCGUGCUGCAGCAGAUGCUAAAAAUGACGCGCUGAAUGGACACGAGUACGACCACGAGCGCCCCUCGAAACGCCGACGCCUAUCACACGACAACAUACCAACUACGCACGAAGAGGAACGCAAGUUGCUGCGCUUUGACGCCCCCGCAUGGCAGCCUUGCCGCUCGGUGGAGCGCUUUGAUCGUCUGAACCAUAUCGAGGAGGGCAGCUAUGGGUUCGUGUCUAGGGCAAAGGAAGAGGCGACUGGGGAGAUCGUGGCGAUCAAGAAGCUGAAGCUGGAUGCUGCGAGGGAUGGCGGCUUCCCAGUGACUGCACUGCGCGAGAUACAGUGUCUACGGGCUUCGAGACACAGGCAUGUGGUGGACCUCCGAGAAGUGGUUGUGGGAGGAUCUGGCACUGGAGAUGUCUACCUGGUCAUGGAGUUCUUGGAGCACGAUCUCAAGACGCUGCAAGAAGACAUGGACGAGCCGUUUCUGCCUUCAGAAGUCAAGACCCUGCUAUUGCAGCUGGGGAGUGCAGUGGAGUUCCUGCACGAUCAUUGGAUACUUCACCGAGAUCUGAAAACUAGCAACAUAUUGAUGAACAAUCAGGGGGAGAUCAAGCUUGCAGAUUUUGGCAUGGCGCGGUUUUGUGGCGAUCCUGCCCCAGUCAAUUUGACGCAGCUGGUGGUCACUCUUUGGUACCGGUCGCCGGAGCUACUUCUAGGAACCUCAACAUACGACACGGCAGUUGACAUGUGGAGUGUUGGUUGCGUCUUUGGAGAGUUGCUGACCAAGAAGCCUCUGCUGCAAGGGAAGAAUGAGGUGGAUCAACUAAGCAAGAUCUUCGAGCUCUGCGGGAUUCCUACCGAAGACACUUGGCCCGGCUUCAAGCGACUACCGAACGCCCGUUCGCUUCGACUACCCUCAAACAGCAACAAUGCUCACGGCCCGAUCGUGCGGUCUAGAUUCCCGACCCUCACGAACGCUGGCGCAAGCUUGUUAAGCAGUCUGCUUUCAUUAAAUCCGUCGAACAGACCCUCCGCCAAAGAAAUGCUGCAGGAUCCGUAUUUCCAACAAGAUCCUCGACCGAAGCCCACUGCAAUGUUUCCAACAUUCCCUUCGAAAGCUGGACAGGAGAAGAGACGACGACAGGCCAGCCCUAACGCUCCUAUUCGCGGCGCAGCUCCUGGAUUGCAGGGUGAGAUGGACUUCAGCUCAAUCUUUAAUGGUAGGGAGGAGGAAGAGAAAGGGGGAGGGUUUCAGCUGAAAGUUGUGUGA